GCCUCACCACUAACGGCCGGCCCGGCGCGAAGGCGGACACCGCGAACCUGCCCGAAACCCAGCAACAGAGGCUAGCGCCGCGGAGCCCCCCGACACCGAAGAGCGGUGCCCACGGCAGCCCGGGCCACGCCCUCGGAGACCCCGCCCCUUGCCGCCCGGCUCCCACCCCUCUGCCCGCACGACCCGGGACCCUAAUGAUCCUGCCGAAGCCGCUGGAGCGGGGCCCCCGGAGCCGGGCCCUGCGCGACCCCCGGGCCGUCUCGGGCACGAGUCGCGGCCUGGACGCCAGGGAGCCCGUGCGCAAGCACUCCCCGUCGGAGGAGAGCAUGGCCACCCACUUCUCUCGGCUCAGCCUGCACAACGACCACCCCUACUGCAGCCCCCCCGGGGUCUCCCCCCCACCCAGCCGCCCUAGCUCGGAGGUGCUGCUCUGGCGCUACCCGGGGAGCCUGAUCCCCGAGGCCCUGCGGCUGCUGAGGCUGGGGGACCCCCCGACGCCCUCCCACCCUGCGACCCCAGCCGGCGACGGGAUGGAACUCUGAGUGCCCACCUCCCCAGCUGCACCGCGGAGGGGCCAGCCGCCUGCCCGGCCUCCUUGCCUCCGGACCUCGCAGCCCCAUGGGGGCAGGAGCGUGGGAAGGGAGACUGUGUCCCUGGG